GACGCCAGAUAUAUUAUAUAUAUAUACUUAUAAAUAUAGAAAAAAGGAAAAUUUGAAAUUCGGACGAUUGCUUGUAUCCGGUGAUGAUAGUUGAUUCCCCAGCUGCCCUAAAGCGAAGGAGGUUAACUACUGCCGAUCCCAUGGAAGCCGAAUCAGCUAAGGCACAGCUUGCAGCUGCAAAGGAAAAAUUUGGACGAGAAAUUUGUGUCUUUUCAACAAUAACCAACACUCCAGCCUCAAGUGAUGUUUCUAACAAUGAAGAAUCAGAUGACUUCUAUGAGUUUACAGCUGAGGAUUAUUACCGUGUAUUAUCAACCAAGAAGGAAGAUAAGUAUUUGAAGACAAAGAAAAUCAGAGAAGCAGAAGAAGCUGCACGUAGAUCAAAGAUAACUAAGGCCGUAAUCAGAGUGCGAUUUCCUGAUAAUUUCACAUUAGAAGCAACAUUUCAUCCUUCAGAGACUAUCCAGAGCUUAGUUGACCUUCUCAUAAAAGUGGUUGUGCGGCCAGAUUUGCCUUUCUACUUAUAUACUACUCCUCCCAAGAAGCAGAUAAAAGACAUGUCCCAGGAUUUUUAUUCUGCUGGUUUUGUUCCAGGUGCAAUCGUAUAUUUCUCCUAUGAUGUACCAAAAGGUGAUGAUGUUGCCCCCGGGAACUACCUAAAAGAGGAGGUGUUGUCUUUGCAAGGCUUAGAAUUUAAAACCGUGCAGGCUGAACCUGUUCAAUCUGUAGCUGAGCCAGCUUUAGAAGCCAAGCCCACUCCUGCUCAAGAGCAAAAACCGCCUGCAGAGAAAAAGAACAUUAAGCCCAAGUGGUUAAAAAUGUGAUAUGGAUUUCAGUUGAUCUCAACUUCCAUUCUAGUUGUGAUGAGGAUGUGCAGGUGGUCAUCUCUGCAAUUGAAGACCAUUCAUCUCCCCGAAGCAGACGACGGAGGAAAAGAAGAAAAGUGUUCCAUUACAGCCUGCAGCAUUCGCAUGUUCAAACAAAUUUAUUUUUUGUUUUUUUUUAAAACCUUAGUAAAUGUGAAUUUGAAUGUACUAUAUAUGGUUUCUACCUUGUAAUCUUUUAUUUUAGGUUAUUGAUUCUGCAGUUUGUGUCA